AUGCGCUACUCCCUAUCAGCCAAACUGCUCCUCCUGCUGGGCUCGUCCCAGCUCGUGCUGAGUUCUUCCCCCGACGACCAGCGAGUGCUCUCUCCCGCCGCGGAACUGACAAGAGAUGAUGCCACCGCCAACUGGGGGAAGGCCCCGGUGCUCGAGAUGAAGAGCAAAGACGCAAUUGCCGUGGCGCUCCAAAAACACGCCGAUCCGGUCGACGCCCUGGUCUCCCUCCAGCCCGAGUUGGCGGACACGAUGGCACAGCCCAGACUCAUCCACGUCUCGGGCGAGAAGAUGGCGGAGUGGAUGACCGAGGGCGAUAAGCUUCGUCUGCGGCGCAAAGGCCGCAAGUUCCGCGAUAUCACGGAUUACCAGGAGCUCUACGCCGACCACGUCAAUGGCUUUGCAGGAAAAGCCAACCUCCCCAAGAUCUCCCACCAAAGGCUCAUCAAGCCCCUCUUCCCCAAGGUCAACCAGACCAACAUGCACGACGUCCUCAAGCACUUGACGAGCUACUACAACAGAUACUACGGCGGCGUGACCGGCGAGGAGAGCUCCGUCUGGCUGCACGACCACGUCGCCUCCAUCAUCGCCCAGUCGCCCUUCCACACCCACAUCUCGCUCGAAUACUUCACCCACGAGUUCCCCCAGUCCUCCAUCAUCGCCCGCUUCGAGCCCAAAGUCCGCGACUUCUCCAAACCCCUGACCAUCAUCGGCGCCCACCAGGACUCGGCCAAUUACCUCUUCCCCCUGCUUCCCGCCCCCGGCGCCGACGACGACUGCUCCGGCACCGUGAGCAUCCUCGAGGCCUUCCGCGUGCUCGCGACGAGCGGCUUCGUGCCCCAGGAAGGCCCCGUCGAGUUCCACUGGUACGCGGCCGAAGAGGGCGGCUUGCUGGGCAGCCAGGCCGUGGCGGCCUACAAGAAGAAGGAGGGCGCAACCAUUGGCGCCAUGAUGGAGUUCGACAUGACGGCCUUUGUCGCGCGCAACGCCACCGAGUCCAUCGGCUUCAUCAAGACGGACGCGGACGCGCCGUUGACGAGCUGGGCGGUGGACCUGAGCGAGGAGUACAUCAACAUCACGACGAGCGUGUACGAGCUCAUGCCGGGCGCCGGGUCGGAUUACAUGUCCUACACCAAACUCGGGUUUCCUGCCACCUUUGCGUCUGAGGGCAAUCCCGUCGCGGGCGGGUUCCCUGGCGAGUUUGAUCCGUACGUGCACACGGACAAGGAUACCAUGGACGUGGACGACGAGACGGGCGUGUUUUCGAUUGACCACAUGGCGAGGUUCUCUGAGCUGGCUAUUGCUUUUGCUAUUGAGCAGGCUGGGUGGGAUAACAAGUGGAGGUAA